AUGGCGACCGCGCUGACCCUGCAAGAUGAUAUUUUGCAACAGUUGAAAAAAUUUCAAAUAAAAAAGCAACAACAACAGCAACAACAACAUCAUCAACAACAACAACAUCAACAACAACAACAACAACAACAGAACAGCAAUUUCCAACGCAAACCGUCUAUAAAGCCAAAACCACAAAAAGUCCACUAUCUACAACACUUGAAGCACACCCAACAACACACACAACAACAACAACAAAGACAUCAUUCGUUUUCGUCACCAAAGGUUGCGAAACGAAACUACAACAACAACAUCAACAGCAACAUCAACAACAACAACCACUCUAACAUCAACAACAACAACAAUAAUAAUAAUAAUAACAAAAACUACGGCAUUAACUGCAAAAUUAACUUCUUUCAUACUCUUAAUCAGCCUAACUUUACACAAAACGUUUUAGCCAAAACCAGCGAUGUACCCACCACGGCCGGGGGGUCCAGUAGUGAUGUGCGAUUCGACGACAUACCGACUGAUAUUCGCGCGAGAAUCGAUGAAAUUGUCGAAUGCGGUCUGCGACUCGAAGAUUAUUACUAUGAACUAGAUAGAAUGGCCUUUGACGAAAGGGAAUUCCCACUUGUCAAUCAUGAAAUCGAAAUCGGAAGUGACACCGACUCCGGAAAUGGAACGAUGCAAACGGAGAGCGGAAGUCACGAGUCGCAAAGUAUUCGAGAUCUUUGGUGGUUACAAGAGUUUUCAUCGACGCAACAGCAACUACAUCAACAACAACAUCAGCAGCAGCAACAACAACAUCAACAGCAACAACAACAACAGCAGCAGCAACAGCAACAACAUCAACAACAACAACACGAUUUUUUACUGCCAACGGUUCCUCACGGCUUCGAAGAUGAUAACAUUCUACCCCGAAAAUCAUCAUCAUCUCUCAAAUCAUCAUCAUCAUCACCGUCAUCGCUACCACUGUCGACAUCAUUAUCAUUACCUCAAUCGUCACAAUCAUCAUCAUCAGCAGCAGCAGCAGUUGCAGAAGCUGUAACAGCUGCUGCAACUGCUGCAGAAUCAUUAUCAUCAAAACCUCCCACUCUUUUCUACCUCCCGCCGCCAAAUUUUAUUGGUGAUCUUGCAAAUAUAAUUAACAAUAAUAAUAUUAACAAUAAUAAUAAUAAUAAUAAUAAUAAUAAUAAUAAUAAUAAUAAUAAUAAUAACGUUGAUGAUGAUGAUGAUGAAAAUUUUCCGCCUCUUCCAAUUGGAUUCAUUGAUAAAAUACUAAAUAACAAAGAAGAUGAUGACGAUUGUAAUGUGAAUAAUGAUUAUGAUGAUGAUGAUGAUGAUACUACUACUACUACUAUUGCUACUACUACUACUACUAAUAAUAAUGAUAAUAAUAACAACAACAAGAAGGUAAGAUUUGCCGAUGAUGUUACGAGUAAAAACAAUAACAACAUCAAAAACAGCAACAAUAACAACAACAACAGCAACAACUAUAACAAUAACUAUAAUAAUAGCAAUAGUAACGUUGCGAUAUCGAACCAAAUAUUUCAUUCCUUGAAAAAGAAGUUUAAUAAAAAGAAGAGAAAUUUCAAAAACAACAACAACAACAUCAACAGCAACAACAACGACAGCAACAACAUCAACAACAACAUCACCAACAACAACAACAACAACAUAAAGACCGAUAGUUCGCCCAGCAUUAACAAAACCGCCCUGACGACAACAUCAUCGAACCUCAAUCCACGGACAGUGACUCUAACCGCUAUGACAUCACCAACAACAACAGCAGCAGUGACGUCACCGAAACCAUCAACAACAACAACGACUACCUCAAUUACAGCAGAUACGCCAACAACAACGCCAGCGAUAGCUCGUGAUGACGUUUUAAUGCGAGAACUGUUACGAAAACAAAUCAACAACAACAACACAAACAAAGAACGCUUAUUUAAAGCAAAGUCAAUGCCAAUGUUCAUCAACAAAAACAACAACAACAACGACGACGAUGAUGAUGAUGAUAGUUUUGAUGAUGAUGAUGAUGAAGAGUAUGACACGAUAAACGACGAUGACAUAGGCGAUGAUGAUGGUGAUGAUAACGUGAUCAAAACAAUGACAAUCAACAACAACAACAACAACAACAACAACAACAAUAAUAUUACUACUAAUAAUAGUUAUAGUGGUUAUCAUUCAUUGCCGAGGCAUCCAGUAUUUAAACCGCAACAACAAUAUCAACAACAACAAAAAUUUCAAAAAAUCAAAGCGGGCUCCAUGUUAAACUUGAAUUUAUCGUCCAACAACAACAGCAACAACAGCAGCAGCAACAGCAGCAGCAGCAACAACAACAACAAUCAUCUUCACAACGAAACCAAACGUUCACUGACGCCGAACUCACCAACCGAUCAAUAUUCCAAUCGACACUCUAACCCUAUAAGAAACUUCAAAACGAAACUACAAAAGAUAAACGAAACUAAUACCUGGAAAUCCCCGAAAAAAAAACAUUAUCACUUCCAUAAACCAACGCAACAAAGCAACAACUACCAACCGACUAAUCGGUAUUCGGCGUCCAGUCCUAGAACCGUCCAAGAAACCGACAUUGCCGACUAUUGCAGUGAUGUCGAAUUCGAAAGUUUAAAAUUUUUUCCCGCCGUUUUUACUCCAACUUCACAAAAGCCGACAUUUUCAUCAUCAUCUUCGUCACUUUAUAACACAGCCCCAUCGUCAUCUUUGACACCGAUUAUUCGUAAAAACCGAAACGGAUCGAAACUAUCGAGUCGGGACGGAAUGUGCCCGAUGUCUUCUUGGCGGUUGUCGGAGAUGUCGUCGGUAUCCGACGAUGCGGUUUUCCACAAAGAUGACGGAUAUGAGGACGAUGGAAAAAAUACUGAUGCAGAUAAUGAAGUUGACAGCGGCUGGUUCUUUAAAAAAUUCAAAGCCCAGAAGAAACCUCAGAAAAAUAAAAAAUUAAUAAACCUAUCUCUACCGACAUCGUUAUCAACACCAAUAAAAUCAUCAUCAUCACCACUCCCACCAUCAUCACCACCAUCGUCGUCAUCAUCUUUACCGUCAUAUUCGGCACAGAGACAACUUUUUUUCCAAACUUUUCGCGGUGAUAUUAAACCUUAUCAGUGGAGAGAUGACGAUUCGCCGAGAACCGACCGAACCGAUACUGUCGCUAUUAACAACAACAACAACAACAACAACAACAACAACAACAACAACAACAACAACAACAACAACAUUAAUAAUAAUCACAUAAGUAGAACAAAUUCAGUUUAUGAUCGCAAAUUGAGGUCAUUUUUUUCGCAACCGGCCCCAAAAAAACAAAACCGCAUCCUCACGAUGUUUCGUCAAAAUUCCAACUCCAGCGGAAACGGAAGUCACGUGACGAACGUCAGCAUCGAUGGCGAUGAUGAGGCGCUCAUUUUUUCGGGCAUGAAUUUUCGAAUUUGUCAGUCUCUCACGAGUUCUUUCGGAUUAAAAGAGGAUUUAACAGUACCAGCAGCCGCGACAGCAGCUUCAAUAGCAUCAGCAGCAGUAGCAGCAACAUCUUCCACAUCAAAAUUACUAAGACCAAAGCCACGAACAUCAUCUUCGUCGUCGUCACCACUAUUAAAUAAUAUCAAUUUGGUUAGGACAUCAUUUUGUAGCAACACUGGCAACAUGAACAAUGGCAACGAAUUCAACAACAACAACAACAACAACAACAACAACAAUGACAACAAUAUAACGUGUAGUCUUAACGAUAUCAGAGCAGAUCUCAUCAGCUCGAUUUCUAACUUUACUGACAGCAAUAACAUCAACAACAAUAAUUACAACAGCAAUAAAAACAAUAGCAACAGCAACAACGUUAACAAUAGUACCAACAACAGCAGCAACAUCAAAACUCAACUACAGGACAUAAUAUUAGAUCUAGUUGAUAUAGCAAAAACGACAACUACACAGGUCUGCAACAACAACAACAACGUCAACAGAUCAGAACUAGACUACCUUUUGACAAAAACAGAAAACAAACUAUCGGAUUUCAUAACAACCUUAGAUCAGCACAUCACUGAAACAUCAUCCCAGCCAAACUUGAGCACAUCAAAAAAUCCGGAAAACGACUACCUAACUGAAGCGAGAAGCGAGUUAUUUCGUUUAGUAAGACUAUUCAGCGAAUUUUUUCGACGCGCCGAUGCAGUCGCAAUUACACAAGAAAAACGCGAAGACUUCAAACAACAAAAAGCAAUUGUCGAGGAAUUUUUAGUAGUGGCGAACAGAUUAGCCGAAAAGCUGAACACGAUUUCGGAGAUCUUAGAUUAG